GAGCCGGGAGCCGCGAUGGCCCGGUGGCCCGCACCGCCUCCGCCUCCGCCGCCGCCGCCGCCGCUCGCCGCGCCGCCGCCGGUGCCCGGCGCCUCCACUAAGGGACCGCCGGCGCGCAAGCUGCUCUUCAUGUGCACCCUAUCCCUGUCCGUCACCUACCUGUGCUACAGCCUGCUGGGAGGCUCGGGUUCGCUGCAGUUCCCGCUGGCGCUGCAGGAGCCCCCGGGAUCCGCCGCGGAACCCCCGCCGAGCCUGCCACCUCCCUCGCUGCCGCCUCCUGGCGUGCGCCCGGGCGCCUCCUCGCCGCCGCCGGACAACGCUAGCCGCGGGCCACCGCCCGAGCCCCCCGAGCGCUUCACGACCCCCGCGGCCGACGGCUGGGGACUGGCGAGCGGUGGCGGUGCUCGGGACGCCUGGCCCAGGAGCCCGCCUGCCCCGGGAGACGCGGUCACGGAGCAGGACGCGCUGCUGGGGCGCGGGGCGCAGGAGCUGGGCGCCGCCGAGGAGCUGGAAGGCCGGAGGGCGGCCAACGGGAGUGCGGAACGGGGCCCCGCCAGCACCCCUGAUUAUGGGGAGAAGAAGCUGCCCCAGGCGCUGAUCAUCGGGGUCAAGAAAGGAGGGACGCGCGCGCUGCUGGAGGCUAUCCGAGUCCACCCGGACGUAAGGGCAGUGGGCGUAGAGCCGCACUUCUUCGACAGGAACUACGAGAAGGGACUGGAGUGGUACAGAAAUGUGAUGCCUAAGACAUUGGAUGGGCAGAUAACCAUGGAGAAGACCCCCAGUUAUUUUGUGACGAAUGAGGCUCCCAAGCGCAUCCACUCUAUGGCCAAGGACAUCAAACUCAUUGUGGUGGUACGAAACCCAGUGACUAGGGCUAUUUCUGACUACACCCAGACACUGUCAAAAAAGCCAGAGAUCCCCACCUUUGAGGUGCUGGCCUUCAAAAACCGGACCCUGGGGCUGAUUGAUGCCUCGUGGAGUGCCAUUCGCAUUGGGAUCUACGCUCUGCAUCUGGAGAACUGGCUGCAAUAUUUUCCCCUCUCUCAGAUCCUGUUUGUCAGUGGUGAGCGACUCAUAGUGGACCCUGCAGGGGAGAUGGCCAAGGUCCAGGAUUUCCUAGGCCUCAAGCGUGUUGUGACUGAGAAGCACUUUUACUUCAACAAAACCAAGGGAUUCCCCUGCCUGAAGAAGCCAGAAGACAGCAGUGCCCCAAGAUGUUUGGGCAAGAGCAAAGGUCGGACUCAUCCCCGAAUUGACCCAGAUGUCAUCCAUAGACUUCGGAAAUUCUACAAACCCUUCAACAUGAUGUUUUACCAAAUGACUGGUCAAGAUUUCCAGUGGGAACAGGAAGAGGGUGAUAAGUGAGGCUAACGGUGUGGAGGGAAGGCUAAUGAAUAGCAAGGAUACUCUUUAGGAGAGUUCCAAAUUCCCCAGGUUCAGAAGCUUCAGCCAUGCUGGAGUACCAAGUAGAUUGUUAACCUGAUCCGUUCAGGUUACAUCCAAUGUCGUGGGCUUAGGCAGAGGUAUAGACCUCAUGGCAUCCCUGUGGAAGAACCAACAGUAUCUGGUUGACCAGACGGCCACUCAAAUCCACCAUGAAUAGUCUCUUCUGCUAGCUAAUAGAGUGGGAAAACGGGAUAAAACAUCUUCUAAUGUCACAGACAGAUGCUAUGUUGAGUGUCAGAAAGAAAGAAAGAAUGAAUGAAUGAAUGAAAGAGAUAGGAUGGAAGGAAGGAAGGUGUACUUUGCAAGAGCUCUUAUUAUGAUCUUGGGAGUCUGGAUUCUAGCCUUGUAUUUAAUCCCUAGUACAUAAACUUCUACCCUGGCAUCUCUCCAGAAUGCUGUUUGUAAGUGAGAGCUCCAAGACUCCCAGGGAGCAAUAUCCUCCCUCCAAUGCCUGUCUAGCCUUCCCAUCAAAGGCCUCAUCCCACACCCUUUGAUUUCCUCCCUCCCCACAAUAUGAAGGCAAAGGCAUGCACGUAUGUUCUUCACCAAAAAAUAAAAUAAAAUAAAAUAAAUAGCCUACACCCCUAGAGCCUUCUAUCUGAGAGACAUCCAAAGUGGAUCUCUCUCUUCAUGAGUGUUCUAAAUUAUAGAGAAGUUCAGCACACAUCCUCACCUUGGGAUCUGGCCUACACAAAUGCUCCCGGAACAGGGAGAUAGCAUCUGUGCUGAGCCCUGAGGUUGGCAACGAUGAAUGCUUGGAACUGUGGGUAUCAGGCAAAACCCAGACACUUGGUGGGGGGCCUCUUACCUUAAGAUCCUUGUCUGUAAGGAUCAUGAUCCUGGGGCAUGCUCUAAGGGACAGGCUCUGCCCUAGAGGCAAAAACAGAGCUUGCUUGUUAGUUGUUCAGAGUCACCCUUCCAGAUGCAGAGAGGAAGGAACCCCUCAAUGUUUUUCUGUUUGUCUGAUGCUGCCCCCUCAGGGUCACCUCAUGGUUCAUUUUUCUCUACUCAGAGAUGCCAUUCAUUGGGCCAUUGGCAAGAGUGCUGCUGCUUUGCAGUGUGAAGUGGGUGGGGGAGGGCAAGGACUGUCUGCAGACAUCCUUUUCAAGGGCUGCCAAAUAAAGUGUCCCUUCCCAUUAGUAUGGUUCAAUUAAAACACCGCGUUUGACAUAAAGCACUUGUUCUCAGAUCUCCAAAGCCAGGAAUUGUAGUAAAAUUGGAAAUGUGUAUGAGUGGGGAGAGUUGAAUCUGUUCAGCUGUUAUUAAACUGUCAUUUCUCCCACUAAAUGGAAACUGUGUUGUUAUAAAGCUUAAUGCAACCUGA